CAUCCAGGCCAAGAUGACACCAAACCAUGACACGUUUCUCUUAUGGGCUGGCACUGCCGAGGAACGAGACACAUGGAUCAAAGCCCUCCGGAAAAUCAUGCACGCACCUUUUGGUGGAGCUAUUUUUGGGCAAAGUUUACAGGACACUAUGGCCUAUGAGCGGAGAUAUUGCCGGAAAGUCCCAUUUAUCCUAACCCACAGUGUGGAAUUUUUACGGAAAUAUGGAAUAGAAGCGGAGGGCAUCUUUCGAUUGGCUGGUAGAACAUCCUUGAUCAAGGAUUACAAGGAAAAGUUUGACUGUGCAGAGAAGGUGACGUUCGAUAUAACGGAGAUUGAUAUACACUCAGUGGCAUCGUUGGUGAAGAUGUACCUCAGGGAGCUUCCCGAUUCCAUCAUUCCUUCUCAGUUUUAUCAGAAGUUCAUGAAUAUUGCUCUUAACUUUCAAGAUGCUCGGGAUCUUGACAGUAAAAUGGAAGUUGUAGGUGAAGCUAAUGUGGCUAUUUCAGAACUUCCUGAUGAAAAUUACAAUUCCCUAAGUUACAUGUGUACAUUUUUCUUUGAUGUAGGUGAAAAAUCAAGUAUUAAUAAAAUGACACAUCUAAAUCUAGGGACUGUUUUAGGUCCCAAUAUUUUACGAAAUAUAACGGAGGUCAAUACUCCAGAAUUACUGAUGGCAACAGCUGAUCUCACUCAACAGUUGGCUUAUAUGUUGGUGUGUUACCCAGACAAAAUAUUUACCAAAGAAACAGAGAGCCCCCUACAUGUUCCUGUGGACACGCUGCUCGAUCUAAGUCCAGAUGAAGAGACCAAGGAUAUUGGGAGCCUCCUCCAGCCUAUGACAGGGGGGGAAAACUUCAGUCAACCUCUGAUUCGCACAAGUUUGCUAGAGGAGCUCAAAGACAUUCAGUUUGCUGACAUUGAUGUGUUUUCUCUCCCACAGAAUGAUCUGUCUCCUGUAAGUGACUUGUCCGACAAAACAUCAGAGUCAGUCAGUUCCACAGAUAAUAUGUGUGAUGAUAACAAUGACCCUGAUAGACCUAUUGCCCCAAAAAGGAAGAGUAAGCUAGAGCGAGGUCGGCGGGUCAGUGAACGGGCCAAGAAUGACCCUUGUCCACCAUCCCCCACCUCUCCAACAUUGUACAAACCAGACAGGUCAAGUCUCAAGAAGCGCAAUAGGAACUCCUUGGACAUCAAUGGAGCCGGCAUUGUGAUACGGAACCAUGAAUCUCAGUGGGACAGGAGGUCGGUACAGGGCACAAGUGAGGGUGAUAAAAUAUCAAAGUUGCGGCAGGAGGUGCGUGACCUCCAUCAGACAAUUGAUGAUAUGAAACAGAAACAUAACGAGGAGGUUUCCGCCACAUCAUUGAAGUAUGAGAAACGUAUCAAGGCGCUCUCUUCACAGCUGGAAACUAUGAAGGAAAAGUAUGACAAACAUGUUUCUUCUCUGGAGAAGUCUAAGAAAGAGGAGAUAAAAAAUCUCUGUGUAAAACUGGAAUCUGAACGAUUAUCAAGAAAUGAUGCUGUGAAGCGAGUGAUUGAGCUGCAGACACGGCUACAACAAUAUCAGUCUGAGUUUGGCGUGAUGGAGACUUAGUAGUACUCUAGGUGUGAAGUAGUACUCUAGGUGUGAAGUCAGAAGAAACACUAUACUAGUAUAUUGCCAAACAUUUACACACUAGGACCUGCUUUUAUCUAAUUUUCUUUAAUCAGCUUAAUGUCACAUGAAGGUAAUAAUUUAAAUGUGUUUAAAAAUGACUUAAUGAGUCACUGAACUGGUGAAGCUCGAUACAGCUGGACCCAGAGCCACGAGGCACUGAACUGGUGAAGCUCGAAACAGCUGGACCCAGAGCCACGAGUCACUGAACUGGUGAAGCUUGAUACAGCUGGACCCAGAGCCAAAAUGUUGUUAAUACUGUAGUAAUGGUUUGGAUGUUCUUUCAUGGUUUAGAACAUUCACAAUCCUGGUUUUUGUGUCGACUGCAACGCGAGGCGACAAAUAACUUUGUCGGCGGCAUUGGUUGCGUCAUCUGAAACAAGGUUUCUGUGCAAUAACUUGAGGUCCCUUGGGUUGAUUGAACUCAAACUUGGUACACAUAUUGCAUAUAUAUAUAGCAAUAUAGUUUGGACAAGUUCGCAUUUCAGAAGUUUACGUGCAUUUUUGGUGGCGUUAUGCCCCUUUUAUUGGUAAAUAAGGGCAUUGUGUAGUAAAUGCUAGAUUAUUUUGAUUUUUUAAUAAAUUCCUUUCAAAUUUUGUACGAUAAUGCUAGAAGCAAUAAUGUUCAACACAUAUUACAGGUUUUUCUGUCGAGUUUCAACUUUCUGCGUUUUGGCAUAUCUGUUUACGCGCUAACUCAAGCCAAAACACUUUUGUUACUAAAGCGCUGAGCAGGCGACACAUCCACUCCCGUCUAAUUCUUGUAUCCUACUUACUUUACUAUUCCUCUUACAUUGUCCCUCCGCCACCUUCCACCAAACAUACCAUAUUUCCAUUCUCUUUCCUACACAACCCUUCCAAUACCUCGUCCUAAAUUCCUUUUUUUAUCAACUGGACAUAAUCUGAUCUGAUCAAACUAUCUUGCCAAAAUGAGCUCAGCAACAAAGGUCAUAUACCCAAUGUAGAAUAGUGGUUUUAAUUUAUUUGAUGUAAACAGAAUGCUAACGUAACAAUGUGAUUAUGUAAAGUUUAUACUAUAAACAAGUGGUUUGUUUAUUUGUGAAGUACCCACCUGUAUUUGUGUGGUUGGUAUAGUGCCAUAUUGUACCAGUGACCAAGACAUACCUAGGGUGAUGUCGUCAGAUAAAACUAGGAUCAGGUCCACCACCCCCAACAUGUUUCACCAGAUUUUACAGACAGGGUAGAUGGAAGCUCCUUGUAAGGUUAAGUGGGGAUCAACAUUUGUUAGGGUACAUAAGUUGCUCCAAUUUUAAGGAUUAGGCACUAAACGAGUAAAUGAAGUACUCACUUGGACCCCGGAUUUAGCCGAGAAGGACAAACCUUGUACCCAGUAGUUACACUACACUUAUCUCCCAUCCUCUAUUCACGGCCUUAUUUCAUAAUCAAUUAGGCCAAGGUGCCAUAUAAUAAAGGGACUCCAUUAUCCUUACCAUCACAUACAGGUCAUUUCUUUGUUAUAUAACCAGUUAGGUACUAUAAUAGGUACCCCAGAGUUUUUCAGUUAAAAUUGUGUAUGAACACUUCAGUGUUUUCAUACAUGGUUAUGCUUCCACUUUGUAAAAGGUGCUGAUACUUGCUUAUAUGUAUUUGAAAUAGUUUUUAUCAACAUAUCGUUAUCUCAUUGUAUGGUCAGUGUAUAUAUAUAUCAUCUAACUCCCAUAUUAAAUGCUUUAUAUCCAUCACCAACUAUUAACUGUACAGUAAUACCUUAAUAGAGAGUAGAUAAUGAUACAAGGGAAGAUCUACUGUACAGUAAUACCUUGAUAGAGGGUAGAUAAUGAUACAAGGGGAGGUCUACUGUACAGUAAUUCCUUGAUAGAGGGUAGAUAAUGAUACAAGGGGAGGUCUACUGUACAGUAAUACCUUGAUAGAGGGUAGAUAAUGAUACAAGGGGAGGUCUACUGUACAGUAAUACCUUGAUAGAGGGUAGAUAAUGAUACAAGGGGAGGUCUACUGUACAGUAAUACCUUGAUAGAGGGUAGAUAAUGAUACAAGGGGAGGUCUACUGUACAGUAAUACCUUGAUAGAGGGUAGAUAAUGAUACAAGGGGAGGUCUACUGUACAGUAAUACCUUGAUAGAGGGUAGAUAAUGAUACAAGGGGAGGUCUACUGUACAGUAAUACCUUGAUAGAGGGUAGAUAAUGAUACAAGGGGAGGUCUACUGUACAGUAAUACCUUGAUAGAGGGUAGAUAAUGAUACAAGGGGAGGUCUACUGUACAGUAAUACCUUGAUAGAGGGUAGAUAAUGAUACAAGGGGAGGUCUACUGUACAGUAAUACCUUGAUAGAGGGUAGAUAAUGAUACAAGGGGAGGUCUACUGUACAGUAAUACCUUGAUAGAGGGUAGAUAAUGAUACAAGGGGAGGUCUACUGUACAGUAAUACCUUGAUAGAGGGUAGAUAAUGAUACAAGGGGAGGUCUACUGUACAGUAAUACCUUGAUAGAGGGUAGAUAAUGAUACAAGGGGAGGUCUACUGUACAGUAAUACCUUGAUAGAGGGUAGAUAAUGAUACAAGGGGAGGUCUACUGUACAGUAAUACCUUGAUAGAGGGUAGAUAAUGAUACAAGGGGAGGUAGUUCUCACUUUCUACAUGUACAAUAGUCAAAAUUGUACAAGAAUCUAGCACACUAAUCACAUUUUGAUGAUGAGAUGGAUGAUAAUGUACAAUGUGUUAUUUAAUGUUAUUGUGGACACUGAUGAGGUGUUUAUAUUUCUUGUCAAAAAAUAUUGUAAAAUGUACAUUAUCAGGUGUUUCUAUGUUAUGCAAAUCACUGGUUGCUCAAAGUAGAAUUUUGUUUUCUCUCUGAUAAUUCCCUUGUAAAUGCUUUUGAAUAUCAGAAUUGUUUCAAACUAGGUUAAUGGUUAGAUUGUGCAAAUCAUGUUCUAUGAUAAGACAAAUUUUGAAGACUGAAGAAUGGUGGCCUACAAAUGCGUUGUUUCUUUGUAUAUAUGGUAUUGUAGACAGUAUUGCCAUUUCUCUAUUGUUAUGCUAUGUGUGAUAUUUACUUGUCUUUCGUUCAGUAAUUUGAUGCCAUGUUAAAUUUUAUUUCACUUUGAUUUCAUCAUGAAAAACAUCACAGAUUUAAAGGGGAACAUGUGUAAUACUUACACAAGUAGACUUCUUGGGUUUUACUGGGCAUGUUUUUAAAUGAUUUUAUUGAAAAUACUCAAUAUUAUAUCUCAAAUGUAUUCAGAAUUCCUAGGCCAUUGUCAUAAUAUAAUUGUAACUGUCACUCUCAGAGUGUAACCUCACUGGUGUCUUGUUUGAUCCUACAGAAGUUUGGAGUCCAGUAACAUUUUUCAGUGCACCUGGCCCAAUCGGUCAGGUGUGUUUAUACCAUGGCUCUGCAUCAGCCAUUUAUUGUCCCUCCAUCAGCAAACCCUUCUCUUCCAGAACAGCUGAGUGGAAUUGACUUACUUCGAUCUGGAGCAUUGUUGGGCCAAAGGGACUCAACAUUGUAUAAAAGGAGGAUAUGCCUCCCCUGGGGACAGACGAAUGAGGCCCAAUAUGGGAAAUAUACAACCGAAAGUAAAGGUUUUAAUCCUAGUCUUUUUGUACCAUAUUUGGUCAGGAGCAUCCUUGGGCCAAGUGGGCUAAAUGUUGUAAAAACAGACGAUGUGGCCUCCCUUGGUGGUAAAGUAAUUACUGGUUAUACUCCCUGCAACAAAGAUAGGGGGUAUAUUGGAAUCAGGUUGUCUGUCCAUCCGUCUGUCUGUCUGUAGACACCAUCUUAUUCAGCCGACUGCACCUACAGUUUUUAGCCAGAUUUCUUGAAAUUUCACUGAGGCAGUCAACACAUUUUGUAGUUGUGCACCUGUGAUUAAAAUUUUGAUCUGGCCUUUUUAUGGGAGUUAUGCCUCAUGUGAAAGUUAGCCAAAAAAAAAUCUAGGAAUAUCUUUUAUACUUUUUCACCUGGUGUAAUCAGAUUUAGUAAAUAAGUACAACUUGGGAUGGCAAGAGUGUUAAGUGCAAAAACUGUGACCUAUAUGUUCACUUUUGACCUCAAAAGUUUAUCUGGAGUAUAUCUUCUGUACUGUUUCACCUGGAGUGACCAGAUUUGGUAUGCAGGUAUUUCUUGGCUAGCAGAGUGCAAGAAGUAUGUCACUGUGACCUAUGUCCUGUGGUAAGUGUACAGAGAAAUCAUUACCAGUGGUGGACUAUGUGGACUAUGCCUUGUUUGUUUAAAAAUGUUCUCAAAAAAGUAUUCCUGCCGUAUGAGUCUGCCAUUCUGAUGGCAACACUUGAUUUACUCAACCUGGGACUGGAAUAUGUUGAGGAUAAGGGGACUCAAUGUUGUAUAUUGAAAAGGUAUAGCACCCACACUUGGGCUAAGGGGCUGGAUCUGCCAUGGGGAAUCAGGGCAUUGCUAUGAAGCAUCCUUGUAACAAGGCAAUCAAAUGGUAUGUUAAGUUUCUGAGAGGCAAAGCCACAAAAUGGUGAAAUAUUUGCAGUAUUACUUUAAGCAAAAUAUUUUGACAUGGUUGUUUAAAUAUCCAGGUGAAUGAUACAGGCCCUCUGGACUUACUGUUUCUGUCCUCCUACCAAGUUUGGUGAUAGCUUUUCCCAUUUUCAAAACUGUCUUUUUCUUGUUGAAGAGUAAACAGUCUAUUAUUCCUGAUUGAUCCAGUUGGCUAAAUGAUUUAUCUGAGCAAAGUUAUCAUUUCCAUGAUAGUUCCAACUGAAUGCUUCUAUAAAGUUGCCAUUGGUCACAAUUUUAUCCUAACUAAAAGUCUACAGUCACCUUUGUACUUAUACUGUAGGCGUCCAUACUUACUGACAUUGUUACAUUGUACCAGUAACACUGCUCACAGGUCCUGGUUGUAUACUGGAGAGACUGUCACUGGAUUACCUACCUGGUACCCUUUAACGGUUUUAUAUAUCACAUAUUGCCAAGAUUUACAUUGCAAAGCUUGUAUUGCCAAUCUAGCAUCACUUUAUAUAAGAGUAAGUUUCAGACCAGAACUAAAUCUCAAGGAAAAUUAAACAUUCCAACAGGCAGUAAUAUUUAUUUCUAUGAAAUUUACAAUUAAAAACCUUCUCAUCUGUUUUUUUAAUCAAUCCAUCUUUUUUGUAAAAAUGCUUAUGAUUAGUUUUAAUGCUUUUUAUUAUCACA